AUGGCGUCCUCGGUCACAGCAGCAGUGGCGGCACCCGGCGUUGGGGCUUGCCUCUCGUACAGCCCCUCAGGCCAGUUGCUGAGCAGGAGAGCGCAGACGGCGCAGUUGCAGAUGCGGCCUCCGCGACGGGGAUCGGCGGUGGUGGCGCCGCGGGCGGAGGGGAUCAAUCCGUCCAUAAGAAAGGAGGAGACGAAGGUUGUGGACACGGUGCAGGUGGCGGAGCUCGCCAAGCCCCUCACCGCCUACUGCAGGUAAGGAACCCGGAUCCUCCCCAAGUUCUGCUGACAUUGAUUUGGAUGAUUCGGUCAUCAGAUUUUAGGUUUUUCUUCGCUGAUUUUGCCUGAAACGUGUGGCAGGUGCUGGCGGUCGGGGACAUUCCCGCUGUGCGACGGCACUCAUGUGAAGCACAACAAGGCCACCGGUGACAACGUCGGGCCGCUCCUCGUCAAGAAGGAGUAG